AAGCCUAUAUAAAAACCCAAUUCCCUCCUUUCAAUUCUCAAACUUUAAACAUAACAAUACUUCCUUUGUCUAAACCCACAACCUCUCUCUCUCUCUCAGCAUGGGUUAUGUAGUUUCCAAAUCCACCGUUUGCACUCUUCUCACAUUCACAUUGCUUUCAUAUUUCACGAAAGUCUUAAGCUCUCAUCUUUCCCUCCCUCUCCCUCCAACUUUCGCAAUCAUAUUCCUCCCACUAAUUCCCAUUAUUGCCUACUUCUUGAUCCACUUCAUCUCCAACCAUUCCUCAAAUCUUCCUCCAGGUCCUCUCUCCAUCCCAAUCUUUGGCAAUUGGCUCCAAGUUGGCAAUGACUUGAACCAUCGCCUUCUGGCAUCCAUGUCACAAACCUACGGCUCCAUAUUCCUCCUCAAACUUGGCUCCAAAAACUUGGCUGUGGUAUCGGACCCCGCCCUAGCCACCCAAGUCCUCCACAACCAAGGCAUAGAGUUUGGCUCCCGCCCUCGAAACGUGGUGUUUGACAUAUUCACCGGCAAUGGACAAGACAUGGUCUUCACCAUCUACGGGGAUCACUGGCGUAAAAUGCGUCGAAUCAUGACGCUGCCAUUUUUCACUAACAAAGUUGUGCAGCAUUACAGCAACAUGUGGGAGGAGGAAAUGGACCAAGUUGUGCAUGAUCUAAACAAAGAUGAAGGAGCAAAGACAGAAGGAAUAGUAAUUAGGAAGCGUCUGCAAUUGAUGUUGUACAAUAUUAUGUAUAGGAUGAUGUUCAAUGCCAAGUUCGAAUCACAGGAGGACCCUUUGUUCAUUGAAGCUACCAGAUUUAAUUCUGAGAGAAGUCGGCUGGCUCAGAGCUUCGAGUAUAACUAUGGCGAUUUCAUUCCUUUGUUGAGACCAUUUCUAAGAGGGUACUUGAACAAGUGCAGAGACUUGCAGAGUAGGCGGCUGGCUUUUUUCAACCAUUAUUUUGUUGAGCAAAGAAGGAAAAUUAUGGCUGCCAAUGGAGAGAAGCACAAGAUAAGCUGUGCCAUCGACCACAUAAUAGAUGCUCAAAUCAAGGGGGAAAUCAGUGAAGAAAAUGUGCUCUACAUUGUGGAGAACAUUAACGUUGCGGCAAUAGAAACAACACUAUGGUCCAUGGAGUGGGCCAUAGCUGAGCUAGUCAACCAUCCAACCAUUCAACGCAAGAUCCGUGAUGAAAUCUCAAUCGUCCAUAAAGGAGCUCCAGUAACAGAAUCCAACCUGCAUGAGUUACCAUACUUACAAGCCACGGUAAAAGAGACAUUAAGAUUACAUACCCCAAUACCUUUGUUAGUACCUCAUAUGAACCUUGAAGAAGCAAAGCUAGGAGGCUACAUCAUCCCCAAAGAGUCUAAGGUCGUUGUCAAUGCAUGGUGGCUGGCCAACAACCCUGCAUGGUGGAAAGACCCCGAGGAGUUUCGACCGGAGCGGUUCUUGGACGAAGAAUGCGGUACGGAGGCCGUGGCAGGAGGGAAGGUCGAUUUUCGGUACUUGCCAUUUGGCAUGGGAAGGAGGAGCUGCCCCGGGAUCAUACUUGCAUUGCCAAUCCUAGGCCUUGUGAUUGCCAAAUUGGUGUCAAAUUUUGAGAUGAAGGCUCCUCAAGGGGUGGAGAAAAUUGAUGUGAGUGAAAAAGGAGGGCAAUUCAGCUUACACAUAGCAAACCAUUCAACUGUUGUAUUCAACCCGAUCAAGGCAUGACUUGAUAACAAAUCGGUUUAAUGAUUGAUCAUGAUUUAAUUGCUAAAGCAACAUAUAAAUGUUCUGUGCUACUAUUGGU